GCGAGCCGCGGCCGGCCGGCAGUAUCAUUCCGUGUGGUGCUGGCGAGCGGUGCGGGUCCGGACCAGGACCAGUGUGCUACCAUGACCAGGAUUUCAAUACUCGUUCUGGGGCUGUUGGCCGCCUCGGCCAACGCCAGCAUCGGCUCCUUCAACACAUACAGCUCCAGCGUGGUCCACUCGGCGGGCGACGGGUUCGUGCCGCCGUUUGCGCGCCAAGUGACGGGGCCGGGCCCCGUGCCGGUGCCGGGACCCACCCCCGGACCUCACGGAGACGCGUGUGCACUCAUCAUCCCCGGGCCGGGACACUCGGCCGCCUUCGACCAUGCGCUCAACGUGUUCGCCGGACCUCACUCCGCCGCGCCCGGUUACUCCGGUAAGGACACAUGCAUCUCGUUCGACGCCAUCAACGCGGCGUUCGACAAGGCCACCCAGAUGUACGGUCUGCGCCCGAAGCUGCACGAGGUCGAGGUUGAGGACGUCGGCCGGCUCGGCAUGGCGCUCACCUUCGUCGCCGAGUACAUCGCCAGAAUGUACAACCUGCCCAAGGAUGCCAUCGCCUCCGGCCUCCCACUCAUCGAUACCAGCAAGACCAUCAUCGGCCCGUACUGCCCGGCGUUCCUGAACGGCUACGACCGCUGCGAGGUCACCCGCUACCGCACCAUCAACGGCAUGUGCAACAACCUCGAGUUCCCGCACUGGGGCUCGGCGCGCAACACGUUCCGCCGCCUGUUGGCUCCCAACUACGCUGACGGUGUGAACGCUCCCCGCGCCGGCUCCGCUGGCUACCCUCUGCCGAGCCCGCGUCACGUCUCCGCCCACCUGCACAAGGACCUGGGCCACCACGACCACGCCGUCACCAUGUUCCUCGUCUCGUGGGGUCAGGUCAUCGACCACGACAUCACCUUCACUGGAGAGAUGAAGCCCGAGGAGAAAGACCGCAACGGCCGGCCCAAGAUGCCCGACUGCUGUAACGACCCGCGUCACGCCGACAACCCUCAGUGCUUCCCGAUCGAGAUCCCGGCCGACGACGAGUUCUACGGACUCUACGGACAAAAGUGCAUGAACGUGAUCCGCUCGCUGCCCGGCGUGCACCACAAGUGCAAACUCGGACCCCGUGACCCCAUCAACACGGUCAGCUCCUACAUCGAUGCCUCCUUCGUGUACGGCUCGGACGAGAAGACCGCCCGCCGCAUGCGCUCCUACCAGGGCGGCCUGCUGAAGACGCUGCCCGUGUUCCGCGAGUUCGGCCUCAAGGACCUGCUGCCGCCCAACCUGCACGCGCCCGAUGAGGGCUGCAUCCGACCCUCCAAGGACAUCUUCUGCUUCGAUGCUGGCGAUGGCCGUGUCAACGAGCAGCUGGUUCUGGCCAUCACGCAGACCAUGUUCGUGCGCGAGCACAAUCGCAUCGCCUACCAGCUGGCGCACAUCAACCCGCACUGGGACGACGAGACCAUUUACCAGGAGACGCGCCUGAUCGUCGGCGCCCUGGUGCAGCAGGUCACCUACAACGAGUUCCUGCCCAUGGUGCUCGGAAAGGAGGUCAUGUCCAAAAACGGCAUGGUCCUGGAUAAGGGCGGCUACAACCACAAGUACGACCCGACCGUGGACGCCAGCGCGUCGAACGCGUUCGCCUCGGCCGCCUUCCGUUUCGGUCACUCACUGCUGCCGUCCACCAUUGAGCGCUGGUCCGUUACUGGCAAAUACAUCGACUCGAGCCGUCUGAGCCAGCAGCUGCGCCAGCCGUACGACAUCUACAAGGGCGGCUUCUGCGACCAGUACACCAUGGGCCUGAUGAACCAGGCGGCCCAGGCCAUGGACGACGCUGUCAGCCAGGAGGUGACCAACCACCUGUUCCAAAUGCCCGAGCACCGGUUCGGCAUGGAUCUGGCUGCCAUCAACAUGCAGCGAGGCCGCGAGCACGGCAUCCCCGGCUACAACGACUACCGGGAGUACUGCGGCCUGCCGCGCAUCCGCGACUUCUACGAGCUGAACUCCGUGAUGACCAACAGCACCGCCUCCAGCUACGGCAACAUCUACCAGCACCCGGACGACAUUGACCUGUGGUCGGGCGGUAUCUCUGAGAAGCCUCUGCCGGGCUCGAUGGUGGGACCGACCCUGGCCUGCCUGAUCGCCGAGCAGUUCCGCGUGCUCAAGUUCGGCGACCGUUUCUGGUUCGAGAACCAGGGCUUCCCCAGCUCCUUCACUCACGAGCAAAUCGAUGAGAUCCGUAAGAUCAAGCUGAGCAGCGUGAUCUGCGCCAACGGCGACCACAUUGAGCGUGCCCAGCUCUACGUGAUGGUCCUGCCCGACCACGAAAUCAACCCGAUCACGCCGUGCGCCGCGCUGCCUCAGCUCGACCUCAGCAAGUGGAAGGAUCUGGGCGGGCCCGGCUAUGGCCCCGGCCCCGCCAUCGGACCCGUGUAUGACACCAAGUCGCCGCAGCAGGUGAUGUUCGUCGUACCGCCGAGCAAGGCGCACCGGCCGCAGUCGUACCAGACGCCCGUCUACGUGCCACGCCCGCAGUACGGCUACCAGACCACCCCGCCGCAGUACGGCGCAUCGAAAACCGACCCGCACAGCCUCGUGCACGGACAGAGCUUCGGCGAGUCGCGGCCGUCCGCGGAGUAUGGCGCGCCCCAGCCGCAACAGAGCUACGGACCGCCGCCCAAGCAGGAGUACGGACCUCCUCCCAAGCAGGAGUAUGGACCCCCGCCUAAGCAGGAGUAUACACCUCCGAAACAGGAGUACGGUCCUCCUCCCAAGCAGGAGUACGGACCUCCGCCUAAGCAGGAGUACGGUGUACCCAAGCAGGUGUACACACCUCCCAAACAGGAGUACGGACCCCCGCCCAAGCAGGAGUACGGAGUCCCCAAACCCCAGGAGUCCUACGGCGCGCCCGCCAAGCUCCAGGAGUCUUACGGAGCGCCCCAGCCCCAGGAGUCGUACGGCCCUCCUCCGUCCCAGGAGUACGGCCCUCCUCCCUCUCAGGAGUACGGUCCCCCGCCGCAGCCUCACGGCCGACCGCGGGGUUACGGUCGCUCACGGCCCCACGGCCGGCAGCCGUGCUGCCAGAGCCCGUGGCGGCCGAUCAUCCACCGCCGGCCGCGGUACUGAGUAGCCAGGUCCGCGGUGCCAGGGGCUGAGGGCGAGCGAGCGGGUGGCGAGCGAGUGACGCGUGUGUCGAGUAUUUACAGCAGCGUAGCGUGUUGGUAGUGAGCUGUGCCUAUGCGACCGAGCGCGUGCCUGCGAGUGUGUGUCUGUGUGUUGGUGUGCUGUUACGGGCGGGGGCCGCCGAUCGUUUGGUGAGAACGGCGCCGGCCGGCCGCGGUGCCGGUCGGUCGCCCCAGUGUCGCUCAAGUUGUGCUGAUGAGACGGGGAGGGCGGGGUGGGGACGCCGGCGGCGACACGCCACAUAUCGCGGCCGGGUGUCGGCAGGAACCCAGAGAGUAUUCAAUGACCGCGCGCUGCCCGCCACACCAGAGAAGCUAUGUCGCGUCGACGCCUCAGUCGGCGCACCCUGUAUUUCGUCCAUGUCAUCGAAUAAUAAAAGGUCGGUCUGUAA